CGGCUGCUAAAAUCCAAAACCAUCCGAUUAUAGCGUGCGUCGGUGAAACGGGAAACAUAGAAACAUGUUGGAAGCAAGGAUUAGAAAUACCAGUUUAUUUUCUUUAAUUAAAAGAACAUAUUCUUCUGGUAAUGAAGCUUUACUUGAAGGACCAAACAAUUCUUUCCUUCCUUUCAUCUACAACAGAAAUCCCAGAAAUUUAGAGAGGUUAAGAAUUGCCCCUAAACCAUCAGGUUAUGUGCUCGACAAGAAACCCGUAAACUAUUGGCACAGGCUUGUUAUUGAGCAGUCAAACAAACAUUGGAAUGCUUAUAUCGAACACUUUGAAGGAAGCAAAGUUGUUACAGCAUCAACUAAAGAGUGGGCAAUCAAGCAGUUUUUGAGAAGUACUUCAGACUCUGUGGCUGCAGCAAUUGUAGGCAAAGUUCUUGCCCAACGUUGUCUGGAAUUUGGUUUACUGGAAGUAAAUUCAGACUAUGACUUAAAACAGACUUCUCCAAAAAUUACUCUAGUUUUAAGAAACAUUGAAAAAGGAGGUAUCGCCCUUAAAGAACCGGAGCAAUUCCUUCCGCACCGUCACUGGAGUCGCGAGGCGAAAGAAGAUCCUACGAAAGUUUAUGAAGAAACACAGUCGAGAUAAACAAAAUAGAUGUCAUACAAAAUUAAAAGUUUAAAUUAAAUGCAAUAAAGUUUCUGAUUUGAAUAGUA